UACUUAAAUAGUUAAGCUAUUUACAGUGUAAUCAUCGAGCGGAGGGGGUGUGCUUAUCUGAUACACUGGUGUCACGAGCCUCACCCAAUCCAAAACAGUGUCUGUCGGACACUAGGAUGUGGCUGUGAAGGAGACUACUUUCAUUUUUUAGCAGAGCAUUGAUUUGAAACAUGCCUGGUGUCACCCCAAGGGGCAUGAAUGGAUACAGUGACUUUGGCCAUGGAGGUGUUUCAGAGAGAGGUUCAUUCCCAGUUGGUGCCAAUGGAUAUGACCCCUACAGCAGAGAUGACCAUAGAGAUGACAUCAUGAGGAGAGCCGACGACGAAGACCCUUACCGGCGACCUGUGCGGAAUGGCCGCCCGGGAAGUGACCGCAUGGCUACUGAUCAUUGGGGAGACCAAAACAGUCUGUCUGACUUUAACAGUUUAGACCCAGCAUUUGAAGUGGACCACCUUCGCUACUUUUGCAGCAGGGAGUAGAAAAGGGACUAUGCAUGUUGAAGAUGGCUUACGUAAACUUCGUCAGAUGGAAAACACUACUGGCAUUUGGACCAUGCGGUGCUUGUUAAUGGUGGAGAGACGUUUUAUCGUCAUCCAAGAUAAAAACUCAGGGGAGGAGCUGGAGAGAUUUCCGGUCCAUUUUGUUCAGGAACCUACUGCUAUAUUUAAGAAUGAUCGUCGGGAGAUAUACAACAACCUCAUUCUCUUCACUAUCAUAGAUGAGUCCAACAAGCGUGAUGCUCAGGCUGACAUGCAUAUCUUUCAGAGUGUUAGCACACCUGCCCAAGUUAUCGUAGAUGAAAUUGUUGCAGCCAAGAAGGGAAACCCAAGACUGACAGGAUCUGGCAUUGCUGAGAUCUCUACACACAAUAACAAACUUAGCCACUUUAGUGAGAUAACAAAAACGACAGCAGAUGACUAUGUACAUAGUCGUAUUUAUGCCCCAAAGCCAGUAGUUACACACACAGAUGACACCUACAACCGUGUGUCUUCGGUAGAAAAUGGUCAGGCAAAUAUUGUCACAGUUGAGUUCAUAGAGAUGAACGUCUCUAUCAAGGAGUUCAGGGAUACAAGAUUCCACCACCUCCUCAAGGCCCAGCACCAGAGCCUCCUGUACAAACCAGUGAUCCCUAUAACUUCAGGGAUAUGCAGCAAACUGUUGAUCCAACGCUAUGGCUAUAACCAACAAAGUGUCAGUUACUUUGGAGAUGGGGGUGGCCUUAUUGGAGGAGCUCAGCGUAGUAGCAUGAUGGCCCAUCUACCCUACAGGGAGCGAGAAGACAUUGAAAGUAGUAACAAUGAGUUGCUUGAACGGGAUGUGCAAUUGCUAAAUCACUGUUUUGAUGAUGUGGAAAAGUUUGUGGCACGACUCCAGCAGGCAGCAGAGGCCUACAAAGAAUUGGAGAAACGAAAGCGUGAUCGCAAUAGUAAAAAUAAGAAGAAGCAGAAUGGAGAUGGCAUGCUUGGAUUCCGUGCAAGGCCACCUCCAGCUCAGGACUUUGUUGACAUCUUCCAGAAGUUCAAACUCUCCUUCAAUCUGCUUGCCAAGCUGAAGGCCCACAUCCAUGAUCCCAAUGCUCCAGAACUGGUCCACUUCCUGUUUACACCGCUUAGCCUGAUCUAUGAGGCCAGUCGGGACCCUGUCCAUGGCAGCACAAAUCUUGGCGAACAGGCUGUGGCUCCUGUGUUGACACAAGAUGCAAAGCAGCUGCUUCUGAACUGUCUGACAUCCAAGGAGAUAGAGCUGUGGCAGGCACUGGGCAAGAACUGGACAACUAGCAAAGAAGAAUGGAAAGGACCAAUCCCACCCUAUGUUCCUCGAUUUUAUGAUGGCUGGCAGCCUGCUCCCAUGGUAGUAGAAGAGCCAGUGGUGCGGCCACAGAUUGAGCCAGUUGUGAUUCCACAUCAUGAUCAAAUUCGUAAUCGGCCCAUGGAAGCCCAGACUCGUCCUUACGUCCCAGAGCGUGUCAUGCCGUUCCCAUCUAUGGAUGAUCGUUCACACGUGUUCCCUCACAUGGAUGAUUUUGAUGGCCAACGUGCCCCUUCUCCUCGCAACGCUGCUGUGGACAGAUACCAGGAGUAUGUAGAACAACAUAUUCAGAGGAAUUUCAGAGCUCAUGAACCAAGGAGACCAGAACCCACCAUCUCUGCUCCACCUGUCAGCCAGGCCCGACCACCCAUGGAUGAUAACACUGCAUAUUUAGAAGAACUGAGGCGUUCUGGUGCCAUUGCGUAUGAGGUGCUUCAUGACAGACAAGGCAAAAAUGCCAAAGAGUUGACAGUCCAUAAGGGAGAAUAUCUUCAGGUAUUAGACAACAGCCGCAACUGGUGGAAAGUUCGCAACUACAAAGGAGAGGCUGGUUUCUGCCCAUACACCAUUCUAAAGGAAGUUGGUGCUGGAGGAGGAGGAGAUGGUGGACGGGGUCCAUCAACCAGCGCUCUUGACCCUAUGAUGGACCAGGGAUCAGCUGUUGGAGCACCUGUUAUGUCUUCAAGGAGAGAAAAACCAGACCAGGAUUGGGAACAAAGUUCUGGAGGAUCUCCAAUGUACUCUCCCCUCCGCACAGAUGAGGACUUGGACACCAGACAUGCUUUUCGUCCUGUGGAGCCAGCCGGAUACCCUAACAGAGGAGGGGUUGGGCUGUAUAAGAAUGCACAACAAGAUCAGCUGACCAAAGAACUACGUAAUCGCAUGGGUGCACCACGUGUCCUUGAAGCUAAUCAGUACACCCCACCCCCGCCACCUCCACCGCCACCCUCCGGUACUAGCUCGGGGAACAUGUCACCACGCUACCUGGACACACACUCCACACAGGAUGAGGUUAUUGCAUGGCUAGAGGCCAAGGGAUUCAGUGCAGCAUGCAGAGACGCCUUGAAAGGUUUCAGUGGACGAGACAUUUUUGGACUGCAUCGACAGGAGAUGGAGAGUAUAAUUGGUCAUGAGGAGGCAGCACGCCUGGAGGGGCAGCUAACCUUGCAGAAAAAAAUGACAGGGUACAAGACGCAGAGUGCAGCAGAGCUCCAGGCUAUCUUCAGCAAACGAAGGGCCAAGGCAGACCAUCGGGGAAACCUCGGUGAACCUCCUGCUUCCUUCCUCAGACUCCAAACAGUCGAGAGGGACAGGAUUCAGACAGUGAUGAGGAUGAUCUUCACCUAGCUGAUACGGGGAAGACGCUGAGAGAUCUGCUUAUCCGACAACGCCAGAAAAUUGCUGGGGCCAACAUCUUUGAUCAGGGCAGUGGAUGAAAAAGCAGGAUGGAUAUAGUGCUAUAUGAUAUCAUAAUCUUACUGGCGAAGUGUAGGAAGUUUAAAGGACUGGAGAUUCCUAUAAGGAAAAUGUGUUACAUUUCUGAUACGAUUUCAGGGACAUCAGAGACUUUGUGCAAUUGGAUAGAUACUGAUGUUUGAUUUUUGUGAUUACUGAUACUGAUCUUUGAUUAUUUUCAUUCACACUUAGUGCUCUUUUAUUCUUGUCCCAGUUCCUGUAAAUGACCUGAAAUUUUGUCUGUAUAUAUAUAGAGAGAGAGACCUCUAGCAAUUUGCCUUUCAACAGACAGAAGUCUUUGCAUGACCUCUGUCUUUUGAGUUUUGUGUAAUUUGCCACAGUUUUAUUCAUAUAAGGCACUUGUUGAGGUUGGGGAAUAAAUCAUAUGUGUACAUGAGUACAGUCUCAAUCGGAUAUGUGAAAUUCAAAUAGCACAAUCCCAGUCAUGUCUCUAAUCAUGUAGGUUAUUGAUUGAACAGACAUUGAUGGUGGCUAGAGGUCAAUAUCUCAGAUAAAAAUUUGUUGUUUAUACCAAACUUGACAUUCUUUUGUUUUUUUCGUGAUUUAUCAGUAUUAUUCCCUGUGUGACAAUGUUAUAGCCUGAAAUAGACAAUCCUAAUGACAUUGUAAACCCAAUUAGAUUUGAGAGCAUUCGAUGUGGUCCAGGUUUAUAAAAUAGAUUAGCACAGCAAACUUCGCCCAGUUGACCCAGCUGGCAGGAAUGGGUACCUGACUCCAUAUAUGAUUGGGGAAGGUAAGACAUCAAGGGAGAGGAGAUGGGCAUCGCCCUCAGGUAAAGCUGGCCCUGAGAAAAGUGAGGUCUCUAACACCUCAUUUACCUUUUUACCUUACCUUUAUUAUAAAUUAAGGCAUUUAUCACUUCAUUCCACAUGAUUUAGAAACAAAUUGGGUUUUAGAGUAAUUUGUCUUGGUUGUGAGAUGUCCUGCAUGCGUACAAUCACAACUGUGAUAUCAUGGUCUUGUGUAUUUUAGAUACUGAAUCCAUGGUUGUGUACAUUAUACCAGUUAUGUUUUAGUUCAAGAUCUGACAAUUAGAAGGUUGUUAUUAUUUUGCUAGUUUAGUUACAGAGCUUUAUUGCUGGUGAAUGGUAGAAAAUUUUAUUGGUGAAACCCAAGUAUUUUUGUACUAAGACUAUCAUUCAGAUAUAAAGGAUGACAAAUUUUCACUGACAAUCUAAUCACUUGAUGGAGUGCCAAAAGCGUUUUCAAAAGGGUGGUAGGUUAGAUUCACAGUGUGAAUGAUGCUCAGCAGUUACAAAGCAGCAUUGGAAGACCUUGAGAUCUGGAUGAUAAAGGAAUACAAAGUGGUGAUAUUAUUGACGGAGCUGUAAGCAAUUCUGAGAUGCACUUUGAUGAUUUUGAAUAUUUAAAAACUGUUUCAUUCCUUUUGUUUUCAAGAGCCAGAAUUGAUCAGUUUUAUUAUGAUUAUCUGCGAAACCCUGUGCAAUGUCCUUUCAGAAUUUGUAGUCAUAAUUGAAAAGCUAUCUGUGUCAGUCAGUGAUGUGACAGAUGAGUGGCUAAUGUGUGACAUUUAGAAUACCUGUAAGAAUAUAAGGAUGUGGGCAAUUCUGCUACACUCACCUAGUUGUACUGGGUAGAAAAUAUUUGCACUUGGCUUGCAACUAGUGAUAUCUAAUGGCAAAUAUUUGACAGUAUUCUGAGUGGCAAAUGGUUGCUUCUGCUUAUAGUGAGGUAGGUAGCCAGUCCUCUAUCAAUAAAGAUCUCCAAAAGGGGCAGAUUGGAUUUUUAAAUUGUUAAUGUUAAAUUUAAAGGGGUGCCCAGUAAUGUAGUGGUUAAAACACUCACUUAUCACCACUGCAGUGAGAUGCCUUUGGUUUAGCUCUUGUCUUGGUACACUAUGUAUGUGACACCUAUUCGCAGGGCUAGCUGUUAAGGGUUUUCUCCAGGGUACUUCGGUAUCCCUCCACCUUCCUACAUCUCAUCUUGUGAAAUCACCUCAAGAGGGGAUACACUUUCCUACUAAACCACCAACCAACCAAAAAUGAAAGUAAAGAGAUUCUGUGACAUAUAUUUCCAUAGAAAUAAUUUGAAUAUUUUUAUUAUUCUCGUGAUGUUUGGAUAUCCCAUUUAAAUAAGGUAUCAAUUUUUUAUGAGGUAAAAAAUAUUUCUUCAUUUCAGAUGUCUUCCUUUAAGGACAUUAUCAGGAAUCAUUUUAUUAAUAUUUCUCCACAAAAUAGAAAUAUAACUCAUUUAAGAAUAAAAGAUUUAUAAAAGGUAUAAAAUAAUAUCAGAAUCACCUUCAUUUGUAUGAUUUUGGUGAUGUCAUUUGGUAAUAUUUUCAAAUAUAUGAAUUUUUUCAAUUAUGUGUCUUAUUAUCAUUCUCUAAGGGGAUCUGUAAUAAUGCCUAAGAUCUGCACAAACUGUGUUUAUAAUGUGAUGUGGAGAUCUGAUCAAGCAAAGCUUGUUACUGAAUUCUUGUAAUGUAACAUUAAUGUUACCUCGAUUAAUCCAUACAUGGUUGGUCGGUGCUUCAGUAAAGCACUUGUCAGCAAUACAGUGAAGAUCAGCUGCCAUGGGUUCAGAUCUAGUCUCAGGCAUGCUGUUCUUUCUCUGCGUGUGGCACCUUUUUACAGAAUUAGCUGUUUUGCUAUUGUUGUCUUUACUUGCUGGUUCAGCUUUAAAUACCAUUUACAGCAAUAAAUCUGUAUUUGUGAAACUGUUGCUCAUUGUAUGUGUUGUGCAGUUUUGUUGUCAGGAUAGUUCCAAGCUGCUGAUACCAUAAUCGAUUUCUAUUACAUCAUUUUUUUUUGUAAUUAGAGAUUUAUAUUGGUAAGAAUUAUGUUAUUUGUUGAAAUUGAAUAUUUUUUGGUGGCUGAAAAUCUCUCAUAAUUUGAUAGCUUUUUUUCUUUUGUUCUCAUAUCAUAUACCUCUUAGUUUAUAUACAUUAGUUUAUAAACAUUAAUUUAUAUACUUCAUUGUUGAGGAGUAGAGAACGCAGUCUAACCAGAGAAAUCUCUAACUUCAUGCUAAUAUUUACGAUUAAAAUUAAUGUGACACUUUUGUCUUCAGUGUUUUAGAAGCUGGCAUUGUUAUAGAGUGGAUCACAGAUCUUGUGAAAUGCAGGGAAGGUUGUGAAUAUUUUGAUUUUUUCUUUUUUUAUUAGCACCUGUUAUUUCUAGUUCAUUUAUCUUUUACAUCCUUUGAUAAAAAAUCAGAUUGAGAGUUUUAUGCCUACUUCAUCAAUAAAACUAAUAAAAAGAUAGGUCACAUGACAGAUUAAUUAAAUUAUUUAGUUAAUUGAUGUUGCAUGCAGGGUUUUUUGUGGUGUCAGGGGUUUUUUGUGUCUUUGUUUUAUGAUGCGCCAAAAGGUUAUGUGUAUCUGUGAGGCUUAAGGGACAUUUUUGCCACAUUUAACGAUAUAACAAUUUGCUCAUUGCAAUCAGCAAGUCCAAUAAUCAAUAUGCUGUCCGCAGCUUUGGAAACAUGUUUUAAAAUUGAGUGGGUCAAAUAAUGUACAUUAAUAACUACAGACCCAUUCCUGAAUGUGUGACAACGAUUACAAAUCUGUCACAAAAAUGUGCAUCUUGUAACGCUUUUGUUUUUGAUUUUUUGGGGGCCAAACCUUUUUGGUGGAGAUUGUAAAGAUAAUAAUGGCAGUCCUCAUGUUGUAUUGUAAGCUAUUGAUCAUAACGAUUUGUACAAAUCCAUUGCAAAAUAUAACGAGCUUAUGCCUUUACAAAAUAAAGCAACAAGUAUUCAGA